UGGAUCCCGGAGGCGUGCCCACUCUUCGUUAUCCUGAAAAAGCGUCUCACAUAUUAGACUGGCAGUCAAGCCUACUUCGCCACUUCCGCUUCUGGCUCCACCCAUUGGGCCACCGCCGUCGGUUUCGCGUUCAAGAAUUUUGUCCCCAGCGCCGAGCCGUCUACCACCCUCGCCGCUGCCAUGGCGGCAGCUCCGCCGCUCUCCAAGGCUGAAUAUCUGAAGCGUUACCUGUCUGGGGCAGAUGCGGGUCUCGACGGGGCCCCCGAGUCCGGUCGCAAGCGGCGUAAAAAGCGGCCAAAACCUGGCGGGGCUGGAGGCAAGGGAAUGCGGAUUGUUGAUGAUGAUGUGAGUUGGACAGCUAUCUCCAGCACUAAACCAGAAAAGGAAGAGGAAGAUGAUGGAGAUUUGCCUGUGGUGGCUGAGUUUGUGGAUGAGCGACCGGAAGAAGUAAAGCAGAUGGAGGCUUUUCGUUCCAGUGCCAAAUGGAAGCUUUUGGGAGGUUACAGUGAAGACAUACCUUCACAUAGGCAUUUCCAUCAUGACACUCCAGACCCAUCUCCUAGGCGGAUCCGUCAUGAUACCCCAGACCCAUCUCCUCCUAGGAGGGCCCGUCAUGACACCCCGGAUUCAUCUCCGUCUGGCAGGGUCCAUAAUGAUACCCCGGAUCCAUCUCCUCCUAGGAGGGCCUAUCAUGACACCCCGGAUCCAUCUCCUCCUAGAAGGGUCCGUCAUGAUACACCAGAUUCAUCUCCUAGAAGGAUCCGUCAUGAUACCCCAGAUCCAUCUCCUCCUAGGAGGGUCCGUCAUGAUACUCCAGAUUCGUCUCCCCCCAGAAGGGCCUGUCAUGACUCAGACAUAUCUCCUACCAGGAGGGUCCGCCAUGACUCCUCAGACGCUUCACCCCCCAGGAGGGCCUAUCAUGUUUCUCCAGAUCCUUCUCCCUCCAGAAAGCCUCAUUCUUCAGGUGUAUCUCCUAAGAGACUUCAUCAUGAUUCCUCGGGUAUCUCUUCCUCCAGAAGGGCCUGUAACAAUUCCUCUGAUACAUCCCAAACUAGGAGGACUUUUGACUCCUCUGACACAAGACAUCCCAGGAGGGCUCAUCGUGACUCCCCUGAUUUGGCACCUAAUGUUGCUCAUUUACUGCCCAGAACUAAAAGUAGUAAAACUCCAGAGAGAGCAUCUAGGAAGACCUCUCCACACCAGAAGGGCCCAAGACUCUCUCGUCCAUCACUCCCAAAGAACAUCAAACAUGAGUGUGAUUCGGACCUCUCUCCUCCACGAAAAAAGCAAACAAAAGCCCAUUAUGGAGAUAAGAAACCACAUGAUCCUAAAGGUGACUACCAGAAAGCCUCUGAUUCAGAUCUUUCUCCUCCACGGCAUAAACAAAGUCCAGGGCACCAGGAUUCUGAUUCAGAUCUGUCGCCUCCACGGAAUAGACCCAAACAUCCGAGUUCUGAUUCUGACCUCUCUCCACCAAGGAGGAAACGGAGGACCAAAUCUUCUGAUUCUGAUCUCUCUCCACCUCGAAGGAGUCAGCCUCCUGGAAAGAAGGCUGCAUACAUGUAUUCUGGGGCUAAAACUGGGUUGGUGUUAACUGACAUACAACAAGAACAGCAGGAACUCAAGAAACAGGACCAAGAAACCAAGGCAUUUGAAGCUGAAUUCCAAUUUGCUGAAACUGUAUUUCGUGACAAGUCUGGUCGUAAGAGGAAUUUGAAAUUGGAACGUCUAGAGCAAAGGAGAAAAGCAGAGAAGGACUCACAGAGAGAUGAGCUAUAUGCCCAGUGGGGAAAAGGGCUUGCCCAGAGCCGACAACAGCAACAAAAUGUGGAAGAUGCAAUGAAGGAGAUGCAGAAGCCUCUGGCCCGCUAUAUUGAUGAUGAAGACCUGGAUCGGAUGCUCAGAGAACAGGAAAGAGAGGGGGACCCAAUGGCCAACUUCAUCAAGAAGAAUAAGGCCAAGGAGAAUAAGAAUAAGAAAGUGAGACCUCGAUACAGUGGCCCAGCACCUCCUCCCAACAGAUUCAAUAUCUGGCCUGGAUAUCGUUGGGAUGGAGUGGACAGAUCCAAUGGUUUUGAACAGAAGCGCUUUGCCAGGCUUGCCAGCAAGAAAGCAGUGGAAGAACUUGCCUACAAAUGGAGUGUUGAGGAUAUGUAACUUCUCUGAGGCACUGCAGGGUGCUGUGGGUUGUGGUAGUGGGCACAGGACAGCCAGAAUACAGCUGUAACGUCUGUCUGUGCUCAUAGUCAGGGCCCACACAGAUCAGCAGCUUGUCGAAUGCCUGUUGUGACCACAGAAGAAUAUUCGAAACCUGAUCUUUGGACUGAGGCACCUGAACUUCUCAGGUGUGUCAACACACCCUGGCUAGCUUUCACAGGAAGCAGUGAUUUCUAUAUCCCAGAGUUGUUCUUGGCUAGGGUUAUUCUUUUUCUUAUUUCAAUAAACAUACAUUUAUUUUUUAAAAUAAGUUCCUACCUGGGUAUUAUGUUUGGGGAAGAAUUCCAGCUAAUAUUGAAUCCUUGGGGAUCUUGGGAGUAAUGAAUGGUUGGAUUUUUCAUUAAUUUGAAAAGCAAUGUGAGUAACUUUAUCAGUGACAGAUCUGUCUUGAGAAAUUCUUUUUGAGAAAACAAGAAUUAGUAUUAAACUAGACACAGAAAUAUUGGAAACAUGGUGUGUGAUAAAGGUAGUGCCACGAAUUAGUGGGAAAGAGAUGGAUAAUAGUGCUCAGAAAAUUGGCUUGUUAUGUGCAAAAAUAAAGUUGGGUCCCUACCUCAUACCAUAUAAAACAAAAAUAAUUACUGAAGCAAUUAAAGGCCUAAUGAAAUGUAAUUUAAUAAAGCUAGUAGGGGGUUUGCCUAGCAUGUGCAAGACCCUGGGUUUGAUCCCCAGCAGCAGAAAUAAAAUAAAACUAGUAGAAACAAAUGAUGGCUGUCUCUGUUACCUUAGGGGGAAGAUAGAUUUCUUAAAUAAGAUCCCAAAGCAUAAUCCCUAAGAUGUGAUAGCUUUGAUUACUUCAUAAUUAAAGAGUUUCAAUAGCCAUAGUCAAAGCUAAAGUUGGGAAUGAUUAGGAGAAAAUAUUUGCAAUGUCUAAAACUGACUAGGAAUUGCAUAAUUAUAUAAGGAAUUGAAUAAAGAAAAAACUCCUAUAAAUCAGAAAGAAAAAGAUAACACAAACUAAAAAUAUGCAAAGAAUAUGAAUAGGUGAAAACCAAGAGAGAAAUCCAGAAUGGUUAAUAAGUAUAUUACCUCACUAGUAAUUAACUAAAUGCAAAUUAAAACAUAUAGUUAAAAGUUUCUGCUUUAGUAGCUAUUAGUUUGGCAAAAAUAAACAAGACAACUCUCAUGAAUAAUGAAAACUCACAGGGAAUCUAUCUGGUAUAUCCAUUUUGGAGUUCAAAUGGUCUAUACUUACUAAAAUAAUGUUGAGAAGCACUAUUGCAUAGUUCUUAAAAGAAGGCUGUGGAGCUACAUUGCCUGAAACAGUCUCAGCUGUGUUAUUUGUUAGCUGCUUACCUGUGGUGAGCCACUUAACUUCUUUGUGCCUUACUAUCUUCAUUUGUGAAGUAGAGAUAAUAGUGCCUACCUUACAGGUUUAACAUUAGAUAGGAUGGUGCCUGACACACAGUAAAUGUCAUAAAAUUCUUAACUAUUGUUGUCAUUAUCAUCAUCAAAUGUGCAAGCCAGCUUCUAAGAUGGCCGGCCUCCUGGGUAGCCCCCUCCCACAAAGAAUAGGACUGACUUGUGCAACCCGUAGGAUUUACUGGAAAUGUGUGACUCAUGGAGCUAGGACAUGAAAGACAUUGAAGCAUCUGCCUUGUAUUCUCUUGGAUCACUUGGUCUGGAGGAAGCCAGUUCCGUGUCAUGACAUUCAGACGACACUCUGGAGAGGCCCAUGUGGAGAGGCAUUGAAGUCCCUCAGCUGUAGUCAGCUCCAAGUAGCCAACCAUGUGAGUGAGCCCCCUUGGGGGCUUCAGCUGUGCUUAUUCCUUCAGAUAUUUGCAGCCCUUAUUGACAACUUAUUGAGUAUUUUUUAAAAAACAGAAUUACUGAGAUUUAAUGUAUACACUAUGCAACUCAUCCCUUUUAAGUAUGAUUCAAUGGUUUAGUGUAUCACAGAAUUGUGCAGCCAUCACAAAUAAUUUUAAAAUAUUUUCAUCACCUUGUGGAUAUAGGAAACCCCAUACCUAUUAGUAUUUAAUUCCCACUUCCCCUCAACUCCUCCAGCUCUGGACAACUGCUACUCUAUUUUCUGUCUCUAUUGAUUUGUUUAUUCUGGACUUUAAUACGAUAUGUGAAUGGAAUUAUCAUACAAUAUAUGGGCUUUUGUUUCUGACUUCUUUCCCUUAGCAUACUGUUUUCAAGGUUCAUCCACAUUGUAACAUGUAUCUGCUUCAUUUCUUUUUAAGACUGGAUGGUGUUCUCAUUUGUGGAUAUACACACUUCAUUCAUCCAUAUGUUAUUUGAUGGAUAUUCAAGUUGUUCCCACUUUUUGGGUAUUGUGGAUAAUGCUGCAUGAACAAUUCAUGUACAAGUUUUUGGAUGUAUGUUUUCAUUUUUCAUGAAUAUAUAUAUAUAUAUGGGAAUAUAUAUAUAUAUGGGAAUGUUGGGUCAUAUGUAACUCCAUGUAACUUUUUGAGGAACUGCCAAACUU